GAGAACGAAUGAUUGAUGUACCAUGUCGUUCCAACAGCCUCCUCAGAUUCUUAGGAUCAAAAGAAAAAGAGGCCAGGAUCCUUUGCAAGCAUUGAUUUUAGAGGAAAGACGUCCUGCCAAAAGAUCAAAACCAUCAUCUCCAGUUUCUUCGACUACUAUAAGUCGAGCACAAACUCCAGUAUCUGAGCCGAGUAAUAUCUAUUUUGCCUUGACAAGAACUGAUGAAAGCUCUAACAUAGAUGAAUCAGCAAUUCAGUCAAUUCUUUCGGAGGCCAGUAAGCCAGAUGGAAAUGAUGUUACCAAUAUCAGAAAAAGAAAAUUUGUAAUUCCAAAGACACAGACUGAAGAAGACACUUACAUUCCGAAUGAGCUAUCGGAUAUGGUUAACUCAUUCUUGAAUGUGAAUGAAGCUGACCAGCCUAAACGGAAGAGAAGAACCCGGGGUGGGGGAGUCACUAAUACUGAAAGCAAGCCAGCGAACGAAGCAUUACAACCUUCUGGGGAUGAUUCAUCAGAGGACCCACUUUCCGAUUACGUUUAUGACGUCUAUCAAAUUUCGUCUGAACCAUUAACGAACGAAAAUCAUCCCCAGUCUCAAAUUGGUUAUAUCAGGUUUUUUGAUGAUGACGAAAAUGGUCUCUACCAAUCUGAUGAUGAUGAUGACCCGACACGUAAAAUAUACUCAGAUGACGAGGAUUCGAAUGCUGAGUCUUUCUACCAAAAUGACUACCCCAGUGACGAAGAUGCUGGCGUUUUAAGUGAAACAUACUCUUCUGAAAAUGAAAAUUUAGGCCCAGUUAUAAUAGAGAGACCAGAGGAUGCAGAUGGUGUUGACUACCUAAAAGGUGGGGGAGAUGAAAUAGGAGAGGAAAAUCUUGAAGAUUUAUAUGGUGAGUUCUUCGAUGAUGAAGACUCGCUUGAUGUAAACUUCUUGCCGGAUGACCAUGGAGGAGAGGAGCAUUAUAAACGUCAAAAUUUUUUUCCUGGUGAAGAAGAAGACGAAAUGGCUAUUCAUAGAGAUAAAAUUUUUGGGAGGUUGCAAAGAAUGAUCGAUGAAGAGCCUUAGUUAGUUUACGUUUUGUAUUAAAAGUAUACAUGCUGUCUUAUUUAUACUAUUUAC